UAUACAGUGAUUGGAUGAAAAGUGGCUAAUACGUAUUUUUAGUUUUGAAAAUAUUGUUAAAAAUAAACACAAAUAAGUGACGUAACCUUUGCCUGUACAGGGAGCUUUCGGCAGUCGGCAAAUGGUCAUCGUAUAUGCACAUACAUAUGUACAUAUGUGGUUACGUAUAAAUGAAUGCAAGUUUCUUAAGGAGAGAGGGUUUUGAGAUCGUCGCGAACUUUUCACUCGCGUUUCUGGGUCCACAUAAACAUAUGCUUGUUUAUUUUUACAUUGGAUUGUUUAUAAACAAAUGGAAUUCACGUGCAUGACCGUAUCAGCAAACAACAAAUAAAUCCACUACGAAUUUAUGUCAUCAAUCAAUUGAUAUAGUUAACAAAUCCUUGGACACUUGGCUAAUUCUCAGGCAUGUCUAAAAAAUGUAGCGUUCGCUCAUUGAGCGAUAGCGCUUUAGCCGAGUUAGCCAACCAGAUUGUCUCGACGAUCGGUUAUGCCAAGUAUGCACCUGACGUUGUACUCGACAUUAAUAUCGUGAUGGUGGACAUCAAUCAAUAUCUCGAGCAGACCGGCGCUACCUGGAACAUAUACCAAGACCUGCUGCGUGUCAUACUCAGCUCUGAUUACUUGGACGCUAAUAUGCGCUUCACUUGCAUGCAAAUGCUGCUCAACGGCAGCGUCGCAUUCUUGGUAACUGAAGUCUUUCCCUUUUCGUAUUAUGAAAAAAUUCUGCAAGUCAUUGCCGCACAAGGUACUGGUCUGCGUGUGCUCAAUUUGAAAGGAGUUUGGGUGAAGGAGGAGCAUAUGCACUACCUUUUUGAAAUCGUGCGCAAAUGUAAACACCUGACCAAGUUAUUUGUACCUUACAUCGCCAACGAUGAUCUUCUCGAGGUAAUUGGCAAGAACUGUCGGCAACUGCAAGUGUUGGACAUAUCCGGUGAGACAGACAUAACCGAAAUCGGUGUGGAGUUUCUCAGCCACGGGAUGUGCAAUGAAAAGCUAACGGUCGUGGAUAUUGGUAUGCCUGGCGAGGAGAACAUUUGCUACUCAGAUAUUGCCCUUAUAUUGGAACAUUGUCCCAAUGUGGAGACACUCUCCACAUAUUCAUUCGUAGGCGCCUCGCUGAAAUUCGUAUAUGACAACAUUGACGAGGAAUUUCAGUGCAAGCUACGCUACUUACACGAUACUGGCACCGACGAGGAGACGCUUAGUGUGAUUGUAAAAACUUGCCCACACUUGGAAUCACUCUAUUUGGACACACCCAAACCUGGUGCGCUUCCAGUACUCAGUAAUAGAUUUUUGCGAAAGUUGAAAAUCUACAAAUUUUCCUGCGCUGAAGUAAUGGAGGUGCUCGAUAAUAUCGGUCGGAAUCUUAGCCAUCUGACCAUGAUUAAGGGUGUUGGCCACUUGGAAAUAAGUAAAUUAGCGCGCAUUUGUCCGAUGUUGAUUGACUUAGACUGUUACAUGAUGGAUGGGCUCUCAUACACAAAGGACAUCAACCGUUUUGAAUGUUUGGAAGGCUCAGAAAUGCUCAGCAGCCCCAUGUCGAAUGCCUCAUUGAAGAUGCUUAUAUGCAGCUGUAGACAGCUGAAACGUCUGGCGGUGGAUAGUAUUAGCUUCACAGACGAGGAUAUUGUAAACAUAUUUGUGGAGCACGAAUUCAAUGAGCUCGAAGACAUUUGGUUUACAUUGGCCCCAAAUUUGACCGUUCAAUCAAUUGAGAUUCUUAUGGAUCGUUGUCCGGAAUUGCAAUCGGUUGGACAGCUGAGUGGAUGGUCUUUGACACCAGAUGACUUGGCACUGAUACGGGGUCUAUUGAAGAGUGGCAACUCCUGUCUUGUACUUACACCUAACGGUUUUUUCCCCUAAAACCACUAAUUUAUGCUAAAUCUCAUCUUAAUGAUUUAAUGGGAAUCUGCAGUCGCGGAGAAUAAUUGAAUUAGGCGUAGCUUUAAAAGCAAUUUUUAAAAGUAAAUUUUUUUGUAAAAAAUAGUAAUGGAAAUUUUUGUUUAUUUUUCUAACCUAGUACUGUUUAAUACGAGCGCAUAUGGACUGAUAUAUGUGUGUUAAAACUUUUUAAUGUGUUGUUAAAGAACUAUUUAGUGACUUUCCCACUUUUCUGCGACUACAGAUUAACAAUAGGGGUAUUAUCGAAGUCUUGCAAUAACAAGAUACAGCAAAAAAAUGAAGUGAGCGAAAUGAGA